CGCAUUCGCAUGUGAUGUGUGAUGCACACAGCUAGACGCCGUUUACUGCAAGCUGCAUCGCACGGUGGCGCGAAACUGUCCAUGUGUUAGGGUCGCUCGAUCAGUCACGACCGUUGUGUUGCGUACCGCGCAUCAUGGUGGACGUAGGGUUGGUACUGCCGCAGCAGGACGAGUCCCUAGUCGAUCAUAUCGGUCGGCAGGUGCUGCAUUGGAUCGUGGGCUACUCGACUGCCUGGUACGCAACGCUCAGCCACUGCGAUUUGGUCGAUAACUUCAAGAAGGUGGACUCCGGAGCGAAGAUACUGCUGCAGGGUCUCGGCGUAAAGACGGGCCACAACGGGGAAGACGACGACGACGAGGAGGAGGACUACGAAGAGUACUACGAAGAGGAAGGGCAGGAAGGUCGUGGCGAAGAGCACGUCCAGCACGGUGUUCGCCGCCAGCCAGCGGUACGACAGCGGCGCAGAAUACGUCGAGCCGCUGCCCGUGGUUUCGUCAAUCGAUACCAUCCGCUGGUCGAGUACGGGGAGCGGAACUUUGAGAACCUAAUGCUGGCAGACCUGAUGGAAAACUGCGAACGAGGCAUUCCACUUGAGAUGUUCAAUGUGUUGGCCCCGUUCCAUCAGAACAGUGCUGCUGCCGGAGCCGGUGUCGGUGCUGCCACCACUGCGGGUGGCCAAAACGUGCGGCUAGAGAACAUGCAAGUGACGCAACCCUGCAGUGGCCCCUCCUCGCCGACCAUUGCAUCGCCCGGCGCACUCAGCUCCACCUCGUUCUGUUUGGCGAAUGGUGGUGGUGGGAUCGGAAGCGGCCUCAGCAGCAGCGGCGGAUGUAGCAGUGUGAUCUCCAGCACAACGGCUGCCGAUACGGCCGACCCGAACUGGCAGGCGAACAAAUCGACCGUACGCGAACGGAAUGCCGCCAUGUUUAACAAUGAUCUGAUGGCCGACAUCCGGUUCAUCGUCGGUUCCGACGAGCAAGUGCAAACCAUUCCAGCCCACAAGUAUGUACUAGCGACGGGAAGUUCCGUUUUCUACGCCAUGUUCUAUGGUGGGUUGGCCGAAAACAAGCAGGAAAUUAAGGUUCCGGAUGUGGAACCGGGCGCGUUCCUAACAUUGCUGAAGUAUCUGUACUGUGAUGAGAUUCAGCUGGAAGCGGACAACGUGCUGGCGACGCUGUACGUCGCAAAGAAGUACAUUGUACCACAUCUGGCACGGGCGUGCGUCAACUAUCUGGAAACUAGUCUCACGGCGAAAAACGCCUGUCUGCUGUUAAGCCAGUCGCGCUUGUUCGAGGAACCGGAGCUGAUGCAACGCUGCUGGGAGGUGAUCGAUGCGCAGGCGGAAAUGGCCAUCAAAUCGGAAGGCUUUGUCGACAUCGAUCUGAAAACAUUCGAAACGAUUCUCGCGCGCGAAACGCUCAACUGCAAGGAGAUACAUCUGUUCGAGGCGGCCCUCAGCUGGGCCCACGCUGCCUGCACCAAGAUGGACAUCGAGCCGACCUCGUCCAACAAGCGGCAACUGCUCGGCCAAGCCCUGUACCUGAUACGCAUCCCGACAAUGACGCUGGAAGAGUUUGCGAACCGGGUCGCCCAGCUCGGCAUACUCACCAACCAGGAGACAAUCGACAUUUUCCUCAACUUUACCGCGAAAAACAAACCGAAGCUAACCUUCCCGGUGAAGGCAAGGGCCGGACUGAAGACGCAGGUGUGCCAUCGCUUUGCGUCCUGCGCGUACCGCAGCAACCAGUGGCGCUACCGGGGUCGGUGCGAUUCGAUACAGUUUUCCGUCGACAAGCGGAUCUUUAUCGUCGGCUUUGGGCUGUACGGAUCGUCGACCGGGGCGGCCGAUUACGAUGUGAAGAUUGAGCUGAAACGGUUGGGCCGUGUGCUGGCGGAAAACAGCACCAAAUUCUUCUCGGACGGAUCGAGCAACACGUUCCAGGUGUUUUUCGAAACGCCGAUACAGAUCGAGCCGGAAUGCUUUUACACCGCAUCGGUCGUGCUGGACGGGACGGAGCUAAGCUUCUUCGGCCAGGAAGGUAUGAGCGAGGUGAGCGUCGGUACGGUCACCUUCCAGUUUCAGUGCUCGUCCGAAAGUACCAACGGGACGGGUGUGCAGGGUGGCCAGAUACCGGAGUUGAUUUUUUACGGCCCCAUGGGCGUAAGCCAGCAGAAUGCCAUUAUGUCGGCUAGCGCUAGCAAUAAUACGAUCAACAAUAACCACACGUCCGCCGGUGGGGGACACUCGCCUGGGAAGGAAAACAUGGCCGGCGGGAAGCAGACGAGUAACAAUGCUGGUGGAAGCGGCAACAGCGUCCCAGCUGCAACAACGACCUCGGCCAGCUGUUCGGCACACGGAAGCGGUGGGCUGCUGCUGAUGGGCGCUAGCAGUAGCGCAUCAUCGGCAAAUGCAAACGGUGAUCGAUCGCACGCAGCACCGUACGGGAAUGCGGGUGCCGACAAUGAUGGUGCGACAGCGAGCAGCACCAACGGUGCCGCUUUGCCAAAUUGGUUGCAAGCAUCCGUUGGAGGAGGUGUCUCUGCCGGUGGCCAGCAACAGUUGCUGACGGCCAACAAUGGGGAAUCAUCAUCAGAGUGAAUGAGACGGAUGUGGGUGCAUUAAAAGAGCUGCUUUGCACAAACGCACACCACCGGGAAUGGUAGAUCGCCAUUGGUAUAAAGUCCUCACAAAACAAAAAACGCACAACGUAGCGGCAAAAAACAACACGAUAGCAAGCAGCAAAGUAAUUUCUUUAAGUUUUGCUUUAGGCGAUCAUUCCAUGAUCAUUUACUACAGUUCAUUAAUUAGUAGAAACGAUAGUAGUGUGAGUAGUCAGGCAGUCACAAGCGUGAGUUUGUUUGGUUUUUUGGCGGGAAAAAUGAUUCCUUCUUCCUGGAAAUUCUUCUAGAGCUUUCUUCUUAGGUCUUCCGAACUUAUAUGCUACCACCCUUAAUGCGUUCCCUCUUUGGCAAAUUUAUUACUCUUUCCGAGACAACUCUUUAGAUGAAAUUUAUUAGCGUUAGGAUGUGGGGUCCCCGUAAGAUUACACACACAGCGUUGGACGCUUCCCUUAUUUAUGACUGAGUUUCUGUUUGUUUCUUAUAUUUUUAAAUUAAAUUUUUAGAACUUUUAAUAGAUUCGAUCAUGCAAUUUCUAAAACUACUCCCGCUUGCAGCAUUGCAGAGUGUGUCAUUCGGACACCAAAAAAAAGCGCAAACACUUAUCGUAAAACUCAUACUCUCUCCUCCGUAAGCGAUCGAUUCCGUCAGCAUUCAAACAACGGGAGAGAGCGAAAGUAGUGUACAUGGACACAACAUGGCGUGUGAACAAAGAAAACGGUUUCCUUUUUAGCAUGUAAGUGAUACACACAGCAGCAGCAGCGAUAGAGAGAUAAGGUGUGGCAGAAACAGGAAGUAGCAUUAUGUCGUAUCGUCGUAUGAACAGGGACAGAGAGACGACAACAGCAGCAGUAGCACAAUCCCGAGCAGAAACAGUGCUCUUCUUUCCCUCAUUUUGUUCUACAGUAUGAGGCAGAGCCUCGAAAUAUUUGGUUUAUAUUCUCACACUUUCGGUCCCCAAUCGUUUACUUUAUGUUUGCAAAAUAAAAUUCCCCGUCCGUCACAUCACCCUGGGUAGAAUUGAAAUCGGUAGGAACGACAUUGAUUGCUAUCUGCACCAUACAGUUGCAGCGGCAAUUGCUAGUGUCCUUAAAUUGACGGCAUGUGGUGCAGAGGGAGAGGUACCCUCAUAGACGAUAUUACUGAAAUGCGCAUUAUAUACACAUUUAAAUAUAUAUAUUUAAAAUUUGAACUGAAUGCCGAAUAAAUUAUAGUAGAUGCAUACCACCA